CAUUUUAUAUCUGACUACUGACAUAUGCAGAGAAAUACACUCUGUUAGUUGUCCUGAAGCCAAAUGACUCAAAUACAGUACAUUAGCAAGGCUUCUGCUACGAUUCUGCCGGAUACGGCAUUAAAACAGUUCCGGUUCCGGCAGCACGGUCGACGAUCGGACGUUCGUUUGCGAUUUCUCUGUUAUUAAACUUAUAAUUAUAUAAGCAGGAAAGCGUUCUUCCAGGUUUCAGUACCACUGCUUCUCGUUCGACAAGAAAAGCUAAUCAGCUAUCAUGCAUUACGUGCUGUUCAUUCUCUGCCUGCUUAACUUCGCGCACGACUCACAUAGCAGGUUCCGUCAAAAAAUCCCGCGCGAACAAUGGGAUGCACUUCUUAAUCAAUUCACAUUCGGCACGGAAUCCGGCGUUAGCGUGAACCGGCUGCAUAAUGGUCUCCGUUUCAUCCCGGAGAAGACAACGCAGCGGGCCACCAUCCCCAAAGCUUGUGGCAUUCCAGGCGGAACCCAUUCCGACCCCUUUGAACUAUCCUCUCAAUUCACCCGACCAGGCCGUGACGCCGCAGCUGACCGGGAGCGCCGCAGUAUCGGGGGGACGGAGACUAGCGCCUCGGUGGUGUGCUGGCAAGCCUUUGUCGUUAUCGAUCAAGGUAACGGGACGGAGGUCAUGUGUGGCGGAGUCAUCAUCGGAUCGCGCACAAUCCUUACUACUGGCACAUGCUUAUUUAAUUAUCUCCGCAAUUCCGCCUUCAACGCGUCGGCGUACACGGUCAUCGUGGGAGCAGUGGACAGUAACGCACCAACGUCGAAUCGCCAAGACCCUACCGGAUGUGCACAGACUUAUACCGUGGAAAGUGUUCUGUUGCACCCUGGUUAUGUCUUCGCGACGGAUGAUAACGAUAUCGGUAUACUGACGUUAUCGAGCGCCAUUGACCUUGCCAACAAACCCUGUGCAUGCUCAAUAUGUCUGACAAACCGAGUGCCGGCCUUCAACGAGACAUGUGUCAUGAGUGGCUAUGGAGUCGAAAACAACGGAAACUCAUACCCUAAAGCGUUUACACUAAAGUGGAUUAGACAAAAAAUCAUCCCACAGUCGAACAGCUGCGUCAGGUUCUGCUUGGAAAACACCUGCACCAAUAUCAGCAAUUUCCUUUGCAGUCAAGGCGCGUUAGGCCAGGAUGAAUGCUGGGGGGACAAUGGCGGGCCACUGGCGUGUUACGAUCCCACUCGCAACAACUACUACUUAGCUGGCCUCAUAGCCUUCGGCACAGAGACCUGCGGAAAAAAUUUAAACGUUGGUGGACAGAGCGUGAAAAUAGAACAGUAUUUGUCGUGGAUAAUAGACAAUGCGCUGCCGGGUGAUGUGCAAGUGGAGGACGUCGUCGGGUAACACCGUCGACUAUUUCGCCAGUCGGAACAACAACAAAUUAUUACUACCUCUACAUUAAUAUGGGCUGACCAAAGAGAAAACAAAAUGCUGCUUAUGUAUACGCAUUAAACGUGAGCAUCAGACGUGAGCAUUAAACGUGAGCCAUACGAUAGUGGAUUCCAGUAUUUUCAUUGGCAAAGCCUGCCGUCGCUACUUUUCAAAUAUAACCGCGCGCUGGGGGGGAAGGGGGUUACUAAUACAGACCGGUGGUCGGAACGUGAAAGUGUAAUCUGUAAGCGGUCGGAACGCGAGUAAAAGCGAAGUACCUGUAAAUGAACUGCCGUAAGCAACUUAUUGGUUACUUGAUUAAGUAUUUCUGUUCUGAAAUGUCAAAAAGUUGCUCAUACUGUAUCUGUCAAAGCCGAAGACAAAAUGAAUGAAAACAA